AUGUCAUCAAAAACACCCGAUAUUAUUAUUCUUAAUAAUAAACCAUCUUCCAGCAUGACUGAAGAAUUUUCUAAAUUGAUGAUCACGUUACCAAUUCAUCAACAAAAAAUUCAACUUAAAUUAGAUUCUCAUUGUAAUGAGGAUGCCGACAUUAUACAAAAUUGUUUGGCUUUACAUAUUGGUUUGUCAUUAGUUGAAUUCGUACUUCAAGAAUGUCCACAAUGCGCAUAUUGGUUAAAAGAUCAUUUUUUACCAUCAAAUCAUAUUCUGUUUACAACGGAAGUGAAUCCAUCAAAUAGUCAGAUUGAUGAAAUGUUUAAUAUAACCCAGCUCAUUCGUCAAGCUACAAAAGCGCCAACACAUUUACAAGCUAGUUAUUCAAUAAUGAUUGGCAUUAAAUAUUUACAUGAAUUCGCUCAUUUUAUAUAUGCAAAAUAUGGGCGCUUGUAUUUACGUAACACUUUUGGAAUUCCAUUACAAGAAAGUGCCAGCACUCCAAUUGGUAUUUUACGUGGUGAAAGCGGUAAUCGUUUUGAAGAUCAAAUGUUAGGAUUUGUACUUUCACAUACUGGUCACCUAAAUAUACCUAUGAAUUUAAAUCAUGUGAAAACUCUAUCAAAUUUGAGAUUGACAGUUACAUUACAAUGA